AUGGCAUUACCGACUCUGAAAUCUGCGGCCGAUUGCGCCAAUUUCUCGCAGGCUGUCCUUCCUUUCCUUCACCAGCUGUACUCUCUGCCUACGAGAGUGGCGGAGGCGGGCCUUAACAUCGAUGGACUGCGAGAAGUUUACCUAUCAACCAACCCACUUAUUACAGCAUUCGCAUUCUGUCUGUUUCUUGUCCCGACAUUUGUACUAGUCUCUGAAAUCAACCGAAAUUACUCUCAAGUUGACCGAAUGUGGAGUAUCCUACCGUCUGUUUACACUGGACAUUUUGCACUUUGGUGCCGACUGAAAGGCGUAGCGACGACUGAAACCAACACGAUCUUUUUCUUUAUAUUGAUCUGGAGUGCUCGCCUUACUUUCAAUUACUGGAGAAAAGGAGGCUAUUCCAUCGGCUCGGAAGACUAUCGAUGGGCUACACUUCGAAAACAAGUGAACAGUCCUGCGUUAUUUUUCCUAUUCAACGUCCUCUUCAUUAGCCUCGCCCAAUCGAUUCUCCUAUUCCUCAUUACUGUGCCUACUUAUAUCUUUGUCCUUAUCGGCACUCUCCGCGAUGCGCCCAGUUUUGGAGUUCCCGAUCUUAUUUUUUCCCGGUUUCUUCUGUUCCUUGUGUUAAUCGAACACUUUGCCGAUCAGCAACAAUGGAAAUUCCAGCAAGCCAAGAAACAAUACCAGAAAACCGCUCGCAUGCCGGCAGAGUAUAAGGAUAUUUUUACAAGUGAUGACUUAGACCGCGGUUUUGUGGUGUCUGGCCUUUGGGCCUGGUGCAGGCACCCCAAUUUUGUUGCCGAGCAAGCAUUUUGGGUGACGCUGUACACGUGGUCUGCUUACCGAGUGGAAUCGUACUUCAAUUGGAGCGGCGUGGGUGCUUUGUGCCUUGUCCUACUAUUCCAGGCAAGCACCAAUCUAACUGAAAGUAUCACCGCGAGCAAAUAUCCCGACUACAAGCAAUAUCAAGCUCGGGUUGGAAAGUUUAUCCCUCGCUUUGGCGUCGAGCCUUGA